GAGAGCAACUUACAAAUCGAUUAACCAUUCAUCUUCCUUUUUCACCAAAUCGGAGAAAUUCUCAUCGGUAAGUUGAACAAUAGCAGCUUUACAGAAGGUGAUAAAUGUAAUGACCAAGACCAAUAUAGAGUAUACUGGCUUCAUUAUUGAUCCGUGCGUUGCUAGCUGAGGAAGGAACAAUUGGGAUAAGGAUAAACUCGAUGGAUCACCUCGUACACCACUAAAUUUUGCGGUUGGCAAUGGGUUGAUUGGAAGUUUUGUGACCCGCUUCAUGCUAUCAGUUUCCGAGAAUUUUAAGUUUCAAGAAAAAAAAACUUAAUAGCAUAUCUCUCCAUUAACAAAUUCUUCGACAUCGCAUGAAUUCAAAAGCAGAUCUCAAAGCUGCAAGAGAGGCUAUUGGCAAAAAAGAAUAUACUGAAGCGAUAAAAGCGUGUAAAAGAGUCCUAUUGUGGGAAGGAGAAAACUACAACGCUUGGGUAUUUUUAGGUGUAGCGCACACAAAUUUGGAAAAUGACGACGAAGCAGAAGAGGCUUAUAAACGAGCUAUUGAAAUAAAUUCAAAUAAUAUGCUUGGUUGGCAUGGUCUAGUGUCUUUCUAUGAGAAAAGGAAGAGAUAUCAGCAAUUGACAAAAACGAUUGAUCAACUACUACCUCGACUAGUGGAAAGCGGAGACGGUGCAAAAGUUGCGGAUUACUUGAAGAAACUACUCCACGCCUAUCAAGAACAAAACGACCAGGACAACUAUUUGGAAACAUUAAAAGAGUUUUUGCCGCAAAGCAGCUAUUACGACCUCAUCAAAGACCAACCCGAUCUACCAUCACAAAUUGAUAUAUGGAAACGUAUUGUCCAAAAAAUGGAAAAGGAAUUAAAGCAAACAGUUGAAAACGAAGUUGCGUCCAGACGAUUCCGCAUGAACGCCGGCACGCCGGCACAGAUACUCACAGGUGUUGAAGGAGACGUCUACAGCAUAUCCAAAUUAGGUACCGUUUAUAGGAACAUUUUGGAUCUCAUACCAGCCGAUGCCAGUCAAGAACAACAAGUUUGGAAACUAAAGCUCUUAAAGUUCAGCACUAAGCAAAUAUUAGGCACUAAAGAUAGUGAUGAAAAACAUGCUCUCUAUCAAGAGAUUAUAGAUAUGGCUCACGAAUUGAAAAAUACUGAUGACCCUUUACCUCUUCAACUUUUAAUCGAAUCAACAGAUGCAGCUUCUGUUGAUGACUAUGAUUGGCAUCUUAUCAAGGAAAUGAUGGACCGAUUUCCUGAUCACGGGUUAGCAAAGCUCGCUCAGGGGUAUGAGCUCAAUCAAAAUGACAAUGUCGAUCAAGCGUUUGAAUUAUUUAGCGAAGGAAUUGACCUUUGCCCUAACAGUCUGUUGGCAUACUUAUGUCUCAGCUGGAUCUAUUAUCAAUCAAAAGAAUACGAAACAGGGCUAGAAUAUGCAACUCGCGGUAAAGAUUUGGUAAAGAAGAUCAAAAUGGAAUACGGUAUUUCAAUGCGUAAGGCACUAUGUUCAUUAGAGCUUUGUAUGGCGCAUUGCUAUCAAUUAAUGGAUAAAAAAUAUCAUAUGGAUGCGAUGACGAUCUACAAGAAUAUUCUACAAAAUUACAAUGCCAAUCAGACUGGGGCUUUAGAAGGAAUGGGAUUAAUCUUAAUGGAUGAAAAGAGAUUAGACGAAGCAUUACAGAAUUUUGAAAAAGUAACAAAGUUGGACGAGAAGAACCAUACAUCUGUAGCGGCAAUCGGUUGGAUCUAUCGCGAAAAGAAGGACUAUGAGAAGGCUAUAGAGUACAUAUCGAAAGCUUUGAUGAUGGCUGAAGAAGAAACUACAGUUGUAGCUGAGAAGGAAAACCAGCAGUAUGGAGCAAUAUCAACAGGAGGCGUAGCCGAAUACCAAUAUCGUUUGGGUCGUCUGUAUUGGGACAUGCAGCAAGUCGAUGAAGCUGUUCAGUAUUUCAUGCAGGCCGUGAAAUCAAACCCUUAUCUUGCUAAUGGAUUUACUUAUUUGGGUCAUUACUAUCGGGAGAUUAAAUAUGACCAUGCACGAGCCAGAAAAUGUUAUCAGAAAGCCUAUAUGUUAGAUCCGCUGGAUGACGAUGCUGCCUUACACUUGUCAGAUUAUUUGAUUACAGAAGACAGUGAUUUAGAAGAAGCAGAAACUAUAUUUAGACAAGUAACAAAAUUAUGUCCCAGGGCAGCAUGGGCGUGGCGACGAUUGGGUUAUCACAAUUUGAACACGCAAAAUUACAAUGAUGCUAUUAGUUGUUUCCAAAAAGCGUUGCGAAUCGAUACUGGUGAUGUGCAUUGUUGGGAAGGGCUUGCCGAGGCAUAUUCCAAAGUGGGCCGCUAUGUCGCUGCUCUUAGAGCGUUUGGUCGCGCGACUCAGCUAAAUCCUCAUUCUGUUCAUGCUCAUAACGAACAAGCCUACGUUCAGCAAAAGGUCGGGUUGCUUGAUGAUGCCAUUGCAGGUUUCCAGCACACUCUUGACUUAGCGGCUGAACAAAAAAAUCAACAAUACAUCCCCGCUCUUGCAGGUUUAGCCGAAACAUAUUUAGAGCAUGCUAAAGAAGAUCUUCAAGCCGGCUUUACGGGCCGCGCUUCAGAUAGUUGUAAUAAUGUUUUUAGAAGCAGCUUAAAAGCUCUGCAGCAAGAUAACACCAUGAUCGCCUUUUGGAAAUGGGUAGGCGAUGCUUGUGCAUUUUAUCGCCAUAUUCCCAAAUACUUGAACAACUGCGCUUAUGAUAUUCUUCAAUCUUUGAUGACAUUAACGGACCAAACGAUUCAUGAACAACUCCAUUUUCCUGCAGAUGAUAUGGCACACCAUUGGAUCAGUGAAUUUUUAGCACUGGAAGACAUCCAAGCUGAUUUCAGCUUACCAACAACAACAGCAAUGGAUAUUUUGUUAUCGUGUGCCACUCAGGCCUAUAAACAGGCCAUUGCGUUGAGUAAAAACCACCCAUCUAUAGCACCUUCUUUCUGGCAUGAUCUUGCCGUUACUUAUUAUCAUAUCAGCUUGAAUUCAUUGUAUGACAAAAAGAAAGUUGUCGCAGAACAGAAAGAAGCAGCAAUGGCUAUUCAAUGUGCGAAACUUGCCUUAAAAUUGGAGCCCACACAAUAUAUGUAUUGGAACACGUUGGGUGUAAUUGCUAUGACUGUAGCUCAUUUGCCCAAGUUGGCGCAAUACGCAUUUGUGAAAGCGAUAGAAUUUAAUAACCGGAGCGCUAUUCCAUGGACGAACUAUGGCUUUCUAUGCUUGGCGCAAAAAGAUUAUGAGCUGGCGAACCAGGCAUUUGAAACAGCUCAUGCAUUGGAUCCAGAAUGGAUAUCAGCUUGGAUGGGUCAAGCUUAUGUAGCCUCUCUCUGGGGUGAUGCAGCUUACGCAGCUACCAUUUUUGAACACGCCUUUGAAUCUAAUAAUGAUGGAUCUGUUUUAGAACCGAACUAUGGCUAUGCAAACAGCGUCUAUCAAAAACUCACUAACACAUUGUUUUCGUCUUCAAACCAACACAACAAAAUAACGAACAACCACGAUGGUCAACGCGUAACGACUGAUAUAGUCGUAACACCUGUAUUUGCCCUUGAGAAAUUGACAGAAAAGAAGCCACAGCUUGCACUCGGUUUCAACUUGCUAGGCUUGCUAUUAGAAAGAUUGGGACAAUAUGAUCGUGCUUCCGAAGCAUUCGCCUCGGCCAUUUUGGCCUUAGAAGCACAGAUGGAGCAAUCAAUUAUAACAGAAGAGGAAGGUCAAUCUCGCUUAGCAAAGGUUCAUACUAAUUUGGGAAGAACAUUGUGCGCCAGCGGCGAUUUCGAAGGCGCUAUCAACGCUACGGCUAGUACAACCGAUGUCUAUGCUCGGCUUAACGCAGGUCUUGCGUAUUACUUCAUGGAUCAAUUGGAAGAAUCAUUGUCAAUGUUUGAAAUGGCAUUAGAAGCUACUCAAAAUGAUAUAGUACUACGUCAGGAUGUCAUUGUUCUACUGAGUAAAGUUCUCUGGGCCUUGGAAGGUGAAGAACAAAGAUCUGUUGCCAAGGAUCAAUUAUUUUCUAGCAUUUCUGAAAAUCCAAAUUACUUGCCAGCUAUCUUUUCGUUAUGUGCAAUGGGAAUGCUUGAGAAUGAUGAGACGUUGACAGCAGCAGCAUUACAAGAGUUAGCCAAAGUGCCAGCCAGUGUUGCUUAUGAAUCUGACAGGGAACAGUAUAUACCAUGGCUAUUUUCUAAAUUCUUCGAACUUAAGAAUGAUAGGCUAUCAGCUACUCGUGCCUUGGUUAAGAGUGUCCAUCAAACACCUUGGUUAGCUGAUGUGUGGAGGCAGUUAAGCAAAACUAUCAUCAAAAGAUCAAACGAAUCAAUAACAAACGAUAGCAGUAAAACAAUCAUUACCACAGAUUCACUCACUAUGUCCAGUAAAUCACGAACAGCGAAUUCACAAUCCGAGGCUUAUCAAUAUGCUGCUGUCGCCGAAAAGGAUCCUACUCUAUCAAAAAAACUUGCUCAAAGAGCUGUCAUGACAGCGCCUUGGCGUGUAAGUGCUUGGGAGGCUUUGGUAAUAUAAACUUCAUGGUGCGUCUUAACCACAAAAAGAAAUAAAAGAAUGACGUUUAUUUGUCCAAUCAAAUGCAAGCAUUGUUAAGAGCGGCAU